AUGGCUAACUUUGGAUCUCAGACGAGCCGGUACAACAGGCUGGUCAUUGUUUUUGUAGCUUUGGGCUCACUGACAUAUGGCUUCUGUGCUUCAGUGAUCAGUAGCACAAUUGGCCAACCCGGAUGGUAUGCCUUUUUUGAACUGCCCGCCCAGGGUGAACCAGGAUACGCCACAGUGACGACAAAUGCUAUUGCAGCCGCAAAUGGCCUUUUCAGUGCUGGCGGAGCUGUAGGCUCCCUCUUCAUGAUGUGGUCUUGCGAGGCAUGGGGUCGUAAAGUCAAUAUUCAACUUGGCUCUUUUCUUGCAAUCCUUGGAGGUGCGUUGCAAGGCGGAGCCGCAAAUUUGAAGAUGUUUCAAGCCGGUCGUUUUGUGUCUGGUGCCUCCACCGGCGUCCUUGUCACCGCUUGCCCCAUGUAUUUUGCAGAGAUUUCCAGUCCCUUUGUUCGCGGGUGGCUUGUGGGCCACCAUGCUAUAUUUCUCGUCUUCGGAUACAUGCUAGCUUGUUGGAUCGGAUACGCGUGCUACUUUGCUACGGGUUCCAAUCCGGCAUUCGCCUGGAGAUUCCCGCUUUGUUUUCAAAUAUUGAGCCCACUACUUUUGUUAAUGGGUUCACCAUGGCUACCCCGGUCUCCCAGGUGGCUGAUCUCCAAAGGCAAGUAUGAUGAAGCCUUGGUGAUUCUUCGCCGGCUUAGGCAAUCGAAGGAUGACCCGCAGGAUUUGGUGGCCAGAGAAGAAUUCUACCGGAUCAAAAAACAAGUCAUGCUUGAAGCGGAGAAGCUAGCUGCAACCGGUUAUGGUGUUUGGACGGCUGUUGUCAAGAAGAAGUCAUAUCGGAGGAGAAUGAUAAUUGGAUUUCUGACUCAAUGGGGCACUGAGUUUGGCGGGCCACUUAUUAUUCUGGUAUACACUCCCCUCUCUAUAUCCAAGUCAUUACCACAAACUAACAGCAGUAAAGGCUUGAUCUACAACCCCCUUGGAGCAUGGCUUCACGAUAAGAUCAACUCACGCCGGAAGAUGUACAUCAUCGGUCUCAUAGGCGUUAUCAUAACCACGUCUUGUUUAGCUGCAAUGACAGCUGAAUACACCGGUACCAAGAACCGCGUGGGCAGCGGCUUUGGUAUAUUCUUCAUCUUCCUAUACGUAGCUUUCCAAGGGACAUUUUGCCACACGACAAUGUACCUCUACGUCUCUGAAAUCUUCCCCACUGAGAUACGCCCUAUUGGUAUGGGAUUUUCAACCUUUGGCCAGUUCGCAUCAACAAUCAUCCUUCUUCAAACCGCGCCGAUCGGCUUCGCGCAUGUAGGCUGGAGAUACUACCUCGUUCCCAUCAUCUGGUCUGUUCUUUUCAUUCCAGUGAUAUAUUUCUUCUUCCCCGAGACUGCCCGACUUAGUUUAGAGGAGAUAGCUAGGAAGUUCGGCGAAGAAGUCGCGGUUGACGUCACUACGCAGGAAGAGAAGACGCUAGCCGGGACGCCGACUUCGAAGGAUUUGAUAGAGACGGGAGGUUCACAAGCAACGGGUAGAGGGAAUGAAAAUGCGUGA